GAAAGUAGGAACUAUUGAGGGAAAAGAGAUUGAACUUGGCAAGCACUUCAUCUUGGCCUAGAGAGGCAUGUGAUUGGUAUAUUGUGCUUGGGUGCUGCUGGCAUGGUGUCGUCUACCGUCUAGCCUAGCCGCAACAUGAGCUUUGAAUGAGCUGCCAGCAUAUGAGGAAAUGCGAGUAUGCCUGUGUUCAUAUAUAUUGUGGAUGUUCGUCUUCCUCCUGCAUCACCAUGAAGAACGUGAUGAAAGCUGUGAAGAAGCUGAAGUUUUGGUCAAGAAAGAAGAAGAAAAAGAAGAACCAUCAACCUUACUAUCCUCCUCCACCUCCUCCUUGCUACCAUUGCUGCGGUUGCUCCUCCUCCACUGAGCCAUCGGCUCCACCCUUACCACCGUGGCUUGAAGCUGCAGAACAUGGGACCUUCUUGUUGCAACCGACUUUGGAACCUGCUCCAGAAUUGACAUAUCCAAGUCCAGUUCAUGCACCUUCACGAGACUCGUCCUAUCAGCAAUAUAUGGUUCCAGAACCUGUUUAUGGCAUUCCAAUUACUCAAACUGCUACAAGAGAGAGAUCUGGGGAAUUAUUUGGGUGUGUUUUCAGCUUUGGAGCUCAUUUAUUUCGCUGCUUAUUCCCUUGUUUUCAUAUUCGUGAACAAGUCUGAAGUGGGUAUGCAUGAACUUUGCUAGCACAAGCAAAUUGUCUCACCCUUGUUCUUCUAUCUUCCUUUAUGGCGUUCAAGCCCUUGGCGACUCUUCAGAUUUGUGAAACGAGGAAGAAGAUGAAGCAGUGUUGGUCCUUCAUAUUUGGAUUAGUACUGUAAAUAGGAAUUCUACUUUGAGACAGGUUCCCAUACAAAUACAGCUAUGUUACUUUCAUUUUAACUAAUAAAGCGUGGUUCUCGAGCAAAGUGUAUUUCAA